UAUUAUGUUCUGUGUUAGUAACCUAACUCUUUUUGUGUUGAAUUUUGAUUUCCAGUUGCAAUAUUUCUAAGUUCUGAAAUCCCUUGUGAUUUACGUGAACUAUUCUAAUUUUAUUAUUUAAUAAAUUAUCGAGAUGGAAACAGUGGACAUUCAAGCUGUUGAAUCAAAAUUGAGUGAUGUAACAGUUACUGCAAUUCCUAUGAAUAUUGUUAAACCUCCGACUCCUUUGCCUCAAAGUAAACAGGAGACUUCAAUACCAGGUCAAUCGAAAUAUACCGAACUUCUGACCGUACUUGAAGAAAUGGGAAGAGAAGUCCGACCAACCUAUGCUGGAAGUAGAAGUUCUGCCGAAAGGCUCAAAAGAACCAUCGUAAACGCAAGAAUAUUGGUUAGGGAAUGUUUGCUAGAAGCUAGUAAGGGUAAACAGUAACCAAGUCCUUUCAACAUUGAUCAUUCCUCGAUUUGCUACCAUUAUUUUAUUGUAAGUUCAAUUUUGGUACUUAGAUUUUUAUACCCCGUUAACAAUCAUAGUAAUUGGUGAUACUAUCAUGGAAUCAAGGUUGUAUAAUCAGAAAUUAAUUGUGCAUAGGCAUCUACUUCCAUAUGCCAUGAGAGGGUUGUGAAAUUUGAAAAUUAAUAGUGAUGAAGGUCCCUAUGCUCAAAAUAAUUCUAUUCUAUUCAAAAGUCGGAUUGAUAAUUUCAAUCUAAUAGUCAGGUUCUACUGGAUCUUUAUGAUUUAACAAUUUUUCAAUCUAAAUGAGCUGGCAUCAGUUAAAUAUUGAUGGAUGGUGCUCUUCAUUUUAUGAAUGUAAAAAUAAGUGCUGUUAUGCAUGAUUGAACCUGUGAUAUAUUCCCUCCGUACACUAACCAGAAGAAGUGUAUUGUACCAAAAUAUAAUUAAGUACAAAUAUAAUACCAAUGUUACUGUAAUGAAUAUAUAAGUGUUGAUUAUAUGAAAUAUGUAACAAAUUCACAGUAAGAAUAUUUGCUCAGGUUCAUAAUCUAUUUUAUAAAUAAAGUUGUUUUUAUAUCGUAAA